AUGUAUUUGGAAACUAGAAGGGUUAUUUUUGUUCUAUGGAUUUUUCUCCAAGUUCAAGGAAACAGAGAUCUCUCCAUUAAAAUAUACCGUUCUGAAACUAAAGACAUAGACAAUGCCCUGAGAAUCAAAACAACUGAAAAGACGGCAAAAAUGCACAAAAUGUCAACCAUGAGACGAAUAUUCGAUUUGGCAAAGCAUCGAACCAAAAGAUCAGCAUUUUUCCCAACUGGGAUUAAAGUCUGUCCACAAGAAUCCAUGAAACAGAUUUUAGCCAGUCUUCAAGCUUAUUAUAGACUGAGAGUGUGUCAGGAAGCCGUGUGGGAGGCAUAUCGGAUCUUUCUGGAUCGCAUCCCUGACACGGGGGAAUACCAGGACUGGGUCAGCAUCUGCCAGCAGGAGACCUUCUGCCUCUUUGACAUCGGCCAAAAUUUCAGCAACUCCCAGGAACACCGGGAUCUUCUUCAGGAGAGAAUAAAACAGAGAAACUUCCUUGAGAGAAAAGAAGAAAUAUCCACAGAGGAGACAUUAGGGGAGCCUGGUGGAACCCCUCUGUUUUCAGCAGACGUUGCCAGUGUCUCGCUUGGGCCCCUCCCUCUCCCUCCUGAAGACACACUCCUCAACGAAAUCCUCAAUGAUACCCUCCCGGACACCAAGGUGCCUACAACAAUAGGAAAUGUAGAAAUCACUGAUGUUGCUCGGGACCCCCUGGAGCAGAAGGUGGAGCUGAGCAUCUCUCUGACAAACCAGAGGUUCAAGGCAGAGCUCGCUGACUCCCAGUCCCCAUAUUACCAGGAGUUUGCAGCCAAGUCCCACCUUCAGAUGGAAAAGGUAUUUAAGAAACUUCCCGGAUUCAAAGAAAUCCACGUGUCAGGAUUUAGACCAAAGAAAGAAAAAGAUGGGUCCAGCUCCACCGAGAUGCAGCUCACAGCCGUCUUUAAGCAAGACAAAGCAGAAAUAAAAGGCCCUGCGAGUGAUCGCCUAUCUUUUGAUUCCAACAAAAUUGAAAGUGAAGGAGACCCCCAUGGGACGGUGGAGGAGGACAAGCAGACGGAAAUCUAUCCCACAGCUUUGGAACUCAGAAAGCUGAUCAUCAGAGCGCUCGAGGAAGACCAGUCCUUGGACGUGGGGGCAAUUCAGUUCAUGGAUGAAACUGUUGGGUCAUUGCCAGACUUCCAUCCUGAUACCUCGUCAGUGCUGCCCACACUCCUUGCUGAUAUCACAAAGGAUGCUACUUUGAGCCCAGAACUUCCUCUUGGUCAACCCAGGCUUGAGACCAUGGACAGAGCAGGACACGGUCUACCUGGUGAUUCCUGGUCUCCACCUGCUGUGGCCUCUACCUCCCUAUCAGAAACUCCAUCUUUCUUCACUGCAUCAAGCAUCUUCUCUCUGACUGAUCAAAGUACCACCGACAUGAUGUCCAUUGACCAGACAGCACUAAUCCCACGGCUAACCAUCCCCACUGAUGAUUAUUCUGCCAACAGUCAGUUGGCUCUGGAAAUUUCACAUUCGCCGACAUCUUCAGAAGGCAGCAGCCAAGAUACAGCCAGAGGCUUAGAUGGGCUGGAUCUCGUUAACGCUCCCUUCUCAGAGGUACCGGGAUUCAGUGGGUAUGUUUCCACCCCAGAUGGCUUCUUGGAAAGCACGACUCCUGCCCCAGCUUUGCAGUACAUCACCACCAGCUCUGUGACCGUGGCCCCCAGGGGCCGAGAACUUGUGGUGUUCUUCAGUCUGCGUGUGGCUAACAUGCCCUUCUCCAGUGACCUGUUCAACAAGAGCUCGCUCGAGUACCAGGCUCUGGAGCAACGGUUCAUGCAGCUGCUGGUUCCAUAUCUACGAUCCAACCUCACCGGCUUUAAGCAGCUUGAAAUACUUAACUUCAGAAAUGGGAGUGUGAUCGUGAACAGUAAGAUGAGAUUUGCUAAGUCGGUGCCGUACAACCUCACCAAGGCAGUGCGGGGCGUCUUGGAGGAUUUCCGCUCUGCCGCAGCCCAACAGCUUGAUCUGGAAAUAGAUCGCUACUCUCUCGACGUCGAACCAGCCGAUCGAGCAGAUCCCUGCAAGUUCCUGGCCUGCGGCGAAUCCUUCCUGUGUGUGAGGAACGAGUGGACCGGGGAAGCCGAGUGUCGCUGCCGAGCGGGGGACCCGCGCCCCUGCGCCCCUGGAGAGGACUGCGAGGACGUCCUGGGGAAGGGGGCGCCCUGCAGGUCACCAGAUCAAUCUCAAAGUCAAGCAGAUGAACCUAGUGUUAAAAAUGCCCAAUAUCAGCAAAAUAACAAGGUAACCAGGAAAAGUAAUUCUGAAUUACUGAAUGCAGGAUAUGAAGAAUUUAAUCAUCAAGAUUGGGAAGCAUAUUAAAAACUGGAAAUGUACAAAUUAUCAUUUAAUCUGUCUCGAGAGAUGGCUUGCUUUCUCAAGGAAAACCAUAUCCACUCUGUCAAAAUUCUGAAAACAUAAGCACUCAUAUUUACUGGUCAUUGGAAUCCAGGCAUGUAGGUGACACUGAGAACCAGAACACACUACAUUUCAACUAAAGAAGAGUCAUAUCCAUGAAGACCAAGAAAUUCUGAAGGAAAAGGCUUGUUAUCAAAACCCAAAACACAAUCAGUGAAACAUGUUUUGGUUAUUCCUGGGUGAGUCAAGGUGAUAGCAACCCAGAUUUGUGUCCAGCUGCCCUUAAAAUAUUGCUCACAGAUUAUUUACAAGUGCAACUUACUUAUUAACUGGGGAGGGUGUGGGAUUGACAAUAUACUGGGAAACAAAGCUCUUCAUAUGUUAGAAAGUACAUAAAAGAUGACUACGUAUGCAAGGAGAUGCAGGAUGAAUGCAUACGUAAAACUCACACCGUACGUAAACUGUGGUGUGUAUGUAGACGCUCCAAUUUCGUCUAACUCACAGACCCCUUUAGUUCUUAGGCACAUUAGCUUUAUAAGAAAUCACUGCUUCCACAGUAGAUAAUUUUGUUGCCAAUAAUUUCUAAGUUGUUCCCUUAAAGAAAAGAACUGGGAUAUACAUAUCAUGGAGAGUCAUAUUUUUCUUGUUAAUGCAUAAAGUUAUUUUAAAGAAAGACACUAUAUUGGGAAAAAAGUGAAGUUGUACUCUGUGACGUAACUAAUUUCUGUUUUCCACCACAGAUGAACUAUGUCUUCCUAUAAUUUAAUAACUCUGUUGAAUACUCCUUUACACAGUAGUGUGUGCAUUGGUAGACUGGCAUCAAGGUAUUCCAGCUCAGCCAGUUUUUAAUGUGCUACUCAAUGAAAAAUGAAUUCCUCUGUAUCUCUUUCAGAUGUUUGACUAUCAAGUAUAUUUGCUGUAAAACUUUAAUUUCAAUAAAAUAU